AUGGAACCACUGACCAAUCUACAGGUUGCAAUCAAAAAUGAUAUUGGUGUAUUUUAUUUUGCAACCGUCGUACCGCUAAGUGUGUAUUUUGAUGAAAGUGGCCAGAUGGACAAACACGAUAUAUGCACGAAGCUGCAGCAAAACAACGUAUUCACUGUGGCACGCCGAAAUGUGGAAGGACAAGAAUUGCUUUAUCAUUCCAUCAAAUAUACCAAUCAAAUCUAUGUUCUCUCGGAGCUUAAAAUGCAGGAUGCAUUACAGCCUCUUACGGUAAGCAAUCUUUUUCAUUACAGAAAGUAG